AAGACAGCGGACUUCGGGCCUACAUCGAUGACUACAUAGACAGAUCCAUAAAGUCACUGCGCGUCGAACCAAGUGGCCAAGUAGUCGCUACGACUGACGCGAUUGGGCCCAUCCUCAAAGCUGCAAAUGUGUGCUUCGACUGCAGGCGGAUUGGCUCUGACGCGAUCGUUCGAUUCGCCAAUGUCUACGCGCAGAGAAUCGAUGCUGCGGUGGCGAUGGUUACACUCGAAUUUAUUCUUGACGGACCGUAUACGUCAGCCUGCCUCCACCCCAUACCUCAUACCAUUUCACCGUAUAGCCACAUGAUGGAGUCGUGCUCGGACUCUACUCCGGUAUCGCCACCUUUCAACGACCCUGACGCGGACCUGAUAAUCCGCACGUCGGAUGGGGUGGACUUCCGUGUCUACAAGCUCAUCAUGAAGCAGGCGUCACCCGUCUUCCGCGAGAUGUUCACCUUUCCCCGAGGCUCCCAGCUGAACAACUCGGUCGUGGAGGUUGCUGAACGCAGCAGGGUGUGGGACUACAUCCUCCGGAUGCUGUAUCCCGUGGGCCGAGCACCGUCUGCGCCAGAUCCCGCCGACUACUGGCCGCUCCUGGAGGCGGCAAAGAAGUACGAUAUGGCGGGUGUGCGCGAGGCCGUGAAGCAUGCCAUGAUGGUCCCAGCAGUAUUGAAGACAGACGCGCUCAUGACCUACGCACUCGCUUGUGUCUAUGGCCUUCCCGAUGCAGCCCGUGCCGCUGCGAAGGCAUCCUUCCAGCCAUGGCCCGGUGACGGACGUCCACCACUGUGCAUUCCUGAAAUGCAGUGUAUGGCUGUCAUGGCUUAUCAUCGGCUUUCGCGAUACCGCUGGGCUUGUGUUGAAGCUGCAACAGCUUGUGCGGAGAGCAGUGACCUCUUCCGAUCUGAGACUCGCUGGAACGGGAAAUCAAACGUGAUUCAUUGGCCUGAAUGGAUCACCGCGUUACAGAAGAGCACUAAAUGUGGUGCCCGGUGUCCUCCAAGCCGUGCCCACAAAGACAGCGGACUUCGGGCCUACAUCGAUGACUACAUAGACAGAUCCAUAAAGUCACUGCGCGUCGAACCAAGUGGCCAAGUAGUCGCUACGACUGACGCGAUUGGGCCCAUCCUCAAAGCUGCAAAUGUGUGCUUCGACUGCAGUCAGAAAAUUGGCUCUGACGCGAUCGUUCGGUUCGCCAAUGUCUACGCGCAGAGAAUCGAUGCUGCGGUGGCGAUGGUCACACUCGAGUUUAGACUUGACGGACCGUAGAGCGGGCAUGCUUCUGGUACUAUUCAAAGCUCAUUGGUGAUAAUGGAGACAACAAAACAGAUAUACUGUGUAUUGGAUAUGAUUACUUAUGGUAGCGGGAAGAAGUGGGAUUCAGUUAUUCCUUCGUGUGCUUGAAAAGUUCCUGCUCACAAAUGCGAUAAUGUUCUGCGCGAG